ACUCUCAUGAUUGCUGUACAUGUCUUACCCCUCACCAGCGCCUCCCACCGCAUCGCCCAUCACCACCGAUCUCAGGAGCAGACCAAGUCUUAAAAUCUGCUCAGUUGGACCCCUUGUAGUAUAUCUUAAGGGGCAGAAGGCCUCUCAAAGUACUCUUCCGCUGAGAUUUAUUUUAGUUAUCAGCACAGGAGAUCUCUUCGUCGUCUUGAAGAGUUGAUAUUUAUUUGAGUGUGUUGGAACUUAAAAUGCUGACAGAAUCGUGUGGCCUGAUGGGAACGGACGUCAGAGACCUAAACGCCCUUUUACCGGCGGUCCCGACGCUUCCUGGGGGGAACACCAACUGUUCACUGCCUGUCAGCGGAGCUCCGCAGUGGGGGCCGAUGUUGGACUUUCACACAGGCACCCCGUACGGAUCUCUUCCCACACAUUCGUUCGUCAAGCAGGAGCCGGUCUGGGGCCCCGUGGAGCCUCACGAGGAUCCGCACUGUAGUGUAGGGGCCUUCACUGUGCACUUCUCAGGCCAGCUCACAGGAACCGGAGGCAUGCACGGGGCUUUUACUGAUUCUACCUCCAGCAACAACAGGAUGUUUUCUAGUGCACCCUACAUGCCAGGCUGUAUGGAGAGUCCUCCUGUACCACGCAACCAGGGUUAUGGUCCAGUGGCACUGGAUGGAGCUCCCAGUUAUGGUCACACACCUGCACAUCACAUGUCACCAUAUCCCAACCAUUCCUUUAAACACGAGGACCCUAUGUCUCCGCAAAGCACCAUGGGUGAGCAGCAGUACUCCGUCCCUCCGCCUGUUUAUGGGUGCCACAGUCCUCCUGAGAGUCAGACGUUGCUCUGGAGAAAUGCAUUUAACAGUGAUAAUCUCUAUCAGUUGGAUCGUGGAACCUGGAAUCCCGUCAGCCCGCUGACACCCAGCAUUAAAAGUCACACUUCAAGUUAUGAUGUUGAACCGUCUGCAGCAGCUCCUGUGGUCUACACACAGUACCAUAUCCACACACAUGGGCUCUUCAGAGGAAUACAGGAUGUGAGGAGAGUGCCCGGCAUCAGUUCGUCUAUAGCCAAGUCAUCGGAGACCAAUGAUAAACGUCCUUUCAUGUGUUCAUACCCCGGCUGUAGUAAAAGAUACUUCAAACUGUCCCACCUGCAGAUGCAUGGCAGAAAACACACAGGAGAGAAGCCAUAUCAGUGUGAUUACUCCGGCUGUGGACGCAAGUUUUCCAGAUCUGAUCAACUCAAGAGACAUCAGCGCAGACACACCGGUGUCAAACCAUUUCAGUGCGAGACAUGCCAACGAAAGUUUUCCCGCUCAGAUCAUCUUAAGACCCACACGCGGACUCAUACAGGUAAAACAAGUGAGAAACCCUUUAACUGUUGUUGGCCGAGCUGUCAGAAGAAGUUUGCCCGCUCAGACGAGCUGGUCAGACAUCACAGUAUGCAUCAGAGGAACAUGACCAAAGUCUAGUCUUCAGUAUGAAGAACACUGUAUAUAAAACACACAGACAGACGCUGAGAUACUCUCAAUAGAUGGACCAUGACCACAUGAGCUGUUAAAGUUACAGCCACGUGUGAAUUUGUUAUAGUGUGACAGUCUGGGAACAGUACAGUUUACUAAAGGCUUCAGGGGACAGUUUGAAAAUGAGGAAUAUUGUACAUCUCAUUUUGUAAAUAAUGACUGGUUUCUGUUUUUUUAUCUUCAUAUUUUUGAUCAAUGUUGUUAAAGUGAUUGCACUGGAAAUAUUUCUUUUUUUUGUGCUGGGACACAAAUUUACAUAAUUUGGAAAGUCCAUUUAAGAAAAGUGAAAUUUGAGUAAAUUUGUUGAUAACA